UAGCAACACUGUCCAUUUAAAUGAAAAGUGGGGUGAAGGCGCGAAUAUUGACAUUUGUCAAUUUUUGACAAUAUCAUCAGUACACCAAUAUUUUUUGUGCGAUCGAGAUUUUAGAGUUGGUUCUAAGUGAAAGAAUGGUGUGAUUGUUGUAAUUUAUAAUCAUGGGUAUUACGGGUUUAUUACCUUUUAUUGACAAGGCCUCGCGCCGUACUAAUGUUAGUGAAUUUAGCGGUUGUACAGUGGCAAUAGAUUCUUAUUGCUGGCUGCAUAAAGGGGCAUUUGCUUGCGCUGAUAAAUUAGUACGAGGAGAAGAGACUGACGUAUAUAUCAAAUACUGCCUUAAAUAUGUGACAAUGUUAUUAUCGAAGAAUAUAAAGCCUAUACUAGUUUUUGAUGGACGGCACCUGCCUGCUAAAGCCAUGACAGAGUUGAAGAGGAGAGAAUCUCGAGAUAUAUCCAAAAAAAGAGCAGCUGAGCUUUUAAGUUUAGGAAAGACAGAAGAGGCUCGAUCCUACAUGCGCCGUAGCGUCGACAUCACUCAUUAUAUGGCCUUAAGUCUUAUCAAGGAGUGUAGGAAACGCAAUGUGGACUGCAUAGUGGCACCUUACGAGGCGGACUCACAAUUAGCUUAUUUAAAUAUCAAGAAUAUUGCACACCUUGUCAUCACUGAAGACUCUGAUUUAAUAUUGUUUGGAUGUACUAAGGUACUUUUCAAGAUGGAUUUAGAUGGCACCGGCACCCUAGUUGAUACAGCCAAGCUGCCGCUGGUGAUGCGAUGUCCUAUAGAGCACUACACUUUUGACAAGUUCAGACAGAUGUGCAUUAUGUCUGGGUGUGACUAUUUGGCGUCGCUGCCGGGUAUAGGGCUGGCUAAAGCGAGGCAAUUUGUUACUGCGACGCAAGACUCGAAUUUUGCUAAUGCUCUGCGAAAACUACCGAGUUUCUUCAACAAAUCGUCUCUGGUUGUAACGGAUGAGUACAGGGAGAGCUUUCUCAAAGCUGAGGCGACGUUCAAGCACCAGUAUGUGUACGAUCCCAUCGAGAGGCAGAUGACAAGACUGACUGAUCCUGAUGACGAAGAUGUAGAACAGGCGCUGUGUGUUAACGCUGGUGAGCUUUUGGACCCGAAAGUCGCUUUUCAAUUAGCUCUCGGUAAUUUAGACCCCUUCACAUUGAAGGAAAUGGACAACUGGCAUCCAGAUCACUCUAAUAAUCAGAACCAACAUGUAAAAACAGCCAAUUGGAAGGACAAAGGUGUAUGCCCUCACCCUAGUAUGUGGAGCAAAGAGUUUAUACAGUACCUAUCCGAGGAAUACCCUUGGCUGAAGAAGGUUAAGAAAUUGGAGCCUAUUAUAGCAGUUCCAACUACUAGACCAAGGAAGGUUGUUAAUCUAGUCAGUAAAUAUGUAGCGGAGACACAGGAUGAAAGCUUAUCAAUAGAAACACUAAGCAACAUGUAUUGUACAGAACCUGCGAAUAAGAAGCAGAAACUAAACUGUGAUAACGAAAACGAGACGAUGACGGAAUACAGUGAGAAUCCACACAACAUUGCGCAUAACGACGACACGAUCAACCAAUUUAGUACAAAAACAAGCAAAUCACCCAUCUUAGAAAACAAAGAGAGAUCAUUCAAGAAAUGCCUGAAAUCAGGCAGUUAUUCAGUAUUAAAGAAACUCAGCAGGUUUCCUAGAACAAUAUUAGAUGGUAAUGUAGUAGAAAGCAAGUUCUUCUCAAGUACAGAAGAAGCUUCUGAUAAUAAUCCUUCAGAAAACAGUAUUACAGUUGAAGAAUCUCCAGAUAGGGUCCGGAAUCCGUUUAAGAAGUCUUCUGUGGUGAUAGAGGAUAGUGAGGUCCAAGGUCUAAAAGAUUCGCAGAGGGAGAAUUCUCCGUACAGCAGUCCGGUGAAGAGGUUAAGUCCUAUAUUGGAACCCAGUCCGAGAAGUAUUAGUUUUAAAGCUAAGUUUGAAGAUGUUCAGCUUGAUGCUGCCAGUGAAGAAUCUGUGAUAGAGAAUACAUAUCCUAUGGAGACUUUGAUCACUCCUACUGCUUCCCAGACCUCGUUCGGUGCUUCUCCAUCUAAACAGAACGCGUUCAAUACAUUCUCCUAUACAAAAAGGAGUCCAAAAUCAAAUGGUUUUAAAAAGUCCGCGCCAAGAGCGACCGCGGUAAAGAAAUCACCACCUUUGCCGAGCAACCAACCGACAUUGCUGAGCAUGUUUGGGUUUCAGAAAAAGCCCGCACUAAAAAGGUGAUAGCCUCGCAUAGUUGUUAUGUUUAUUAUUGUUUAAGUUGAGCAUUUGAAAUGUGCAUUUAAUUUAUGAAUAAUGUUUUAAUGAGUACAAUGUUUUAUACAACUGUAAAAUGACAAUACAGUACAGCAUUUGUUGUUGACUUUAAUUAUGUUUAUAAUUGUGAUAUAAAUAAAUAAUUUUGAAUUUUUGAUAAUGUGA